AUGGCGGUAGGCGCCGCCGCGAUUCUGGUUCUGGGUACCAUCAUGAUGAGCCUCGUCGUCGAAGCCAAACUUCCCAACACGACCGCGGUCAGCAGGCCCGAGUGCGUCGGGAAGUCGGCGGACAAAAGAUACGACAGCAACGUCGGACAUCUCAUGGACUUCUUCGUGGACGAAACCAAGAACAUGUUCAGAAAAACCAACGCCGACGACUACGUCAUGUAUCACAGCUACCCUAACCGGGACAGCGGCGGCUCUGUCACCGGUGUCGCCACUUGCUACCGAGAGCUAGGUAAGCUGGAUUGCUGGUCGUGUCUCAUCAGUGCUAAGGAACAAAUCAACUCGCGUUGCCACCACCCAACCGGCGCUACCUUCCAACUCCGCGACUGUUCCAUCACGUUCAAGGACCUCCGUUAA